AUGAGCAAGAUUUUGGAAGCUUAUUUCUUGGCGGGAAUUUUCGUUACAUUACUCUGUUUUGCCUGCGGUGAGUCAAGCUUUGAAUUUGAUGAUUGGGACAUGAUUAAAUUUGUGCAACCGCAAUUAAAUAUUUCACCACGAAGACAGUGUUUUAAGCAUUAUUUUAGAUCCUUACAUAUAAAAUUGUUAGAAUCGUUUCAAAUAUAAAAUAUUAUUUUUUGACCGCGUUUGUUUGUUAAAAUAAAACAGGUUAUUUAUUUAAGCUUUGGUGCAUGUUCACUGAGUAAUCACACGGUCUUUAAUUUAUAAACUAGCCAAACCACUGAAGCAUGAAAUAAUUAUAGAUUUUAAUUGACUUGAAAAAAUGUUAUAUUAAUUGUGGAUUACUUUUACCUAAAUUAAAUUGUUUCUUGUAGUUUUUUGGCAUAGUUAUUACUAUUGGAAGGUUUUCAAAUUUCAGUUCUGGGUAAAUUCGUGCAGCUAUGCAUGCAUGUGUGUUUUGUCUAACUGCAUGUUUAUAUGUUUAUCUUAUGCCCAUCAAACUAUUUAGCUAACUAUUUAAGCCUAUCCAAGGUUGAUUUCUUUUACAAUUUUGUAUUUGCUAGUCGAAUAAGUAUCUUCGAUUCUAGAAAAUAGAAAAUUGUGGAAGCUUGCUAAAUCAAAAUUAUGUAAAAACACUCAAACAAUUAUGUAAAGCUCGUGUUUUUUUGACAGUCUCCUAUAAAGAUGUGUACUUUCAAAAUGUUCUUGACUAUUUUUAUACUUAUGUAUAAAAAGAAAUAAGGCGUUGUCAUUUUUCUACAUAACAGGAAAACAAAACAGCAAAUCCACUGACGUUGGACAACAUACAACUGACAAAUCUUACAACCGAUUACAACAUUUGACGGACGAUGACUCGCUCAUAACAACAGUGGAAAAACCACCUCCUCAACACACUCAACAUACUCGCGCUCACCAAGCUAAGGUAACUGAUAUAUUGGUUACGAGCGCUCAAAAAAUACCAUUAAAAUUGAACGAAAACAAGCAACACAGAUUUCGGAAAGAGAAACUACGUUUUACCAAUAAGGACAGGCAGCUUUUGCAAAAAGUUCGACAUUCCAAGAACUGGUUAAGCCGAAUCGUUAACAAAAAUAACGCCAUUUCCAAGAAAGUUAUUCGUAGAAAAAGUCGGGACGAUGGAACUUACGAUGAUGAGAAAAUUCAAAGCAAAGAAGAAGAUGAAGAUGAAGACGUUCAGUUGAUAAUUAUUCCGAGAAAGCCACGAAAACAUUCACCGCCCAAAGUACAAGACGCGGACGAAAAUGAUAACGAAGAAAUUCAGAAAUCCGAUGAUGAGCACGACGAUUCCGAACACAACGACAGAAUUUCUGAGAAUGCCGAAGAUUCUGAAAAUUCGAAAGAUGAUUCCGAAAACUCGGAAAAUUCCAGAAAAGAUUCCAAGAAACCUUAUUUUAUGUCCAAGAAAUUCCGACAGCGUUUGAAAAAUUACAAACAUUUUCAUAGAAAAUCAAAAAGUACAGACGACGACGCAACCUUGACUUUGGAAAGAGUUGCGCCCGAAACUGAAGACGAUGACGACGAAUCUAAAAAUAAGCACCAACCAGAUGAAGAGGAUUACAACAUACAUUUGAAAGUUAAAGACAAGAGUGGAACACAUGUGAAAUUGAGUGGGGAUCUUCCUGGAAAAAUUGAAAACUUGAUGGCUGUUGGAGAAGACGGAGGGGAGGUUCAAAUAAAGAACACGCGCAAGAAUUCAAAAGCAAAAUCUGCAGAGGAUUUGAAAAUUGUGAAUUCACAAGGCGGAGAUGAUGACUCAACCACGGACGAAAUAGCGCAAAAUUUACUCAAAAUAAAAUCAGGAAAACUCAAACACUCUCCUUACCCUUCGACUAUCUUAUUGAAAACUGAUGGAGGUGUGAAUGAGAAUCCAAAACUAGCUAGCGAAGGGAGUUCAAAUCAACGUCCAACGCCUUUGAAAACUCAGGGCAGCAACGAGCCUCAGGCCCUCCCGGCCGACACUCUCACAUCAUUAACACGCGACGAGGCAAACGCCAAGGCGGGACAACCAGCCAACCAACAGCCGAGUAAUAAUAUUUUUGCACCAAUGGAAUUCAAGAACGGUGACGAUGAAUUAAUGGCGACAAGUCGAUUGUUAGAUAUCGCACAGAAGGCGGAUGAUGUUUCGUCGUUGAAGGAUGUUAAAGAUCCCUCAAAUACAGUAAAGGAGCAACCCAAGGAAUCGUUAAAAGAUUUGACUAAAGGUUAGUUCACAGUGCAAAACAAAAUAAUCCUUACUGACUAAUACCUGGUUUAUGCUAUUAAAGUUUCUGUGAUCACAGUAGGAAUUUUACAUGGGAACAUUCUAAGUUUUGAAGAAUUUGUAAGAAAUAUUUGAGGAAACUGACUUGGUGUUAAACACUGAGUUAGUCCCCUCAAAUAUUUCUUACAAAUCCUUCAAAACUUUACGCUAAAUUCUUACUGUGAUCACAGUGAUGUUGUUAGAGAGUUUGAGCAAGACAACGAAGUACGAAGACGAAGGCAUACUUGACAAUUUUUGCCGUCUGCACAUUAUCUUGCGCAUACUGAGUUGGACGUCAGUGGUGGUUGCUCAACGUGUCUUCUCAUGUGUCGCUGUUUAUGAAUACUGACCAUAAUUAUUGCACUGAUGCAUAAAAAAACAGCGAGACAUGAAACUAUAUCCCGUCUUUGUCCUUCUGCCUUCGUGCAGAACGAAGUUCACAACGAAUUUUGCCAAAUUAUUCGUUGUGAACGAAGGCAGAAGAACUAAGACGGGAUAUGGAUUCAUGUCUCGCUGUUUUAUCCUGAUCAGGGUAAGGAUUUCGGUCAGCAUUCACAAACAGCUAGACCUGAAUCUCUAAUCUGUCUUCACUCCUGAUCCUAAACUCAGAAUGCGCAAGGUAAUGUGCAAGACAGGCAAAAAUUGUCAACCACAUCGUCGUCGUCCGACUUCGUUGUCUUGCUCAAACUCUCUAUUAUGAACCAACCUCGACACUUUACAAUAUCAAAUAACAGAUAAGUAAACAUGUUUUCCUAAGAUUCUCUCAUAUGAAUUGUCUGAAAAUUAAAAAUAUUCCUCAAUCUAGUUUCGAAGGCGACUUUUGUUUUAGUAGUUGCACCUAAAUCUUUUCAGCCAUUCCGGAUGUAAUAUCUCUUUCAAUCGUCCUGUAGGCGUCGCAGAGAGGCAAACCUCCAAGGCCUUUUUAAAGUCAGCACCAAUGAGUCCCGACGACUACAAGAAACAGUCGGAGGAUCUCGACAAAGAAUCCGACGACAAUUGGUACAAAAUGCAGUCGCUAGAAGAUCGCGUUGUAAACGAAGGAAGUUCGGCUAAAACUGGCAAAGACGUCGGCUCGUAUAACGGCCAGAAAGUUAGCUUGGUUAGUCCAAGUCAACUGCAGUUAUUGCAAACGGAAUAUCCAAGUUAUCCGGCGUACCUGACACCUUUACUCAGGACAACAGUUAAGAAUGAAUAAUGCAGGCUUUGUACAAGAAAAUUAUUUGAAAAACGACUAAAACCCAUCGAGCGCCGCGCCAGCGCUCUUCCUUGUCGGAGUAAAAUCGUCUGGCGUUAUUAGACGGGGUAGAAUAUUUGUAGGGCGCACUAGGGCGUAAUGCACUGGCUUAAUGGGUUAAGAAUGUUAGACCAAGCCAACAAACUGCACUCAGCGUAAAGGGAAGAUGUAUGUAAAGAUGUAUUAACGAAUUUACUGAAGCCGUAUUACUAGAAAUUAAAUCCAAUAGUGUAUCUUUUAGAAUAAAGCAUCCAAAGAUCUCAAAUGUACCAUACUUUUAUUUGGAGUAAAGACAAAAUUAAAGAUGAAAAAGAAAGCUUUAAAUUUUACUGUAUCUGGUCUUUUGAAAAGUUGGUUAUAGCAUGCAAGGACCGCCGAAGUAACUGGGACACCCAUGGGUUGAUUUUGCAACAUACUUUGAAUAUUUUGGGCAGUAGACCAUAGUUUUCGUUUACCGCCUGCCACCAUCCCAAAGCAAUGUUUUAUAUGUUCAUAUAUAUAUAUAUAUAUAUAUAUAUAUAUAUUCUGAGUGAAGCACGGUGGUCAAGCUUUUAAGAAUUUCGUGCAUUUUAUGUCCUCACUGUCAUAAAACGUUUGAAACUGUGGAUAUUCAUACGAAAACAACUAAAGUAAGCAACAUAAACAUACGUCACCAAACAGACGAACGAUUUACCAAGUAACUGAAUCAACAAACUCCUCUAAAGUUCUUUUAUCCUUUUUAUCGCUAUUUUAUAUUAGGAACCAGUCCUCCAAUCGUGCUACCUGACCGGACAAUCCACGGCACGGAACGUCAUCGCUUUGAAAUUCACGACCUUACUGAUAUUUCCGGGGGGAAAUGGAAAGCUGUUCAUAUUCCUGACAAAGAUAUUUCCUCUAUGUUGGAAAUAGCCAAUCAAAAGAAUAGCGGCAAGAUGUCAUUGGAUAUUCAGCAUGAGACCCCGGGCUCGCCGGAGGACGAAGUCGCCGGGGUUCAAAUGCCGAAUGAAGUUCACGGUCGCGUUCAUGCUUUUGAACACGAUUUGAUGAACAAUAAAUCAGAGAAUAGCACUGUGGGGAAAUUGAUCAUAGCUACGGAUAACGAACACAAGGGGAAAGAGGUGGGGUCACUGCACCCCGUCCACCCCACCGUGAUUAAAUUGCGAGGCUAUAUGAAAGAAGAGGAGCCGAAAAAUCGCGAGGUGAUUCAUCGGAAAACCUCCGUCAAGCCUUCGUUAGUUGUCGCCAAGAUUCCGGACGACGACGACGGCGACGAUUCAGACGAUCUUCCUUUACGAAAGCUUCCAACUCCGAUCAUAGCUCCCUUAAGGAAAACUCGCCCUAGGAUCAAACCCGGUUCUAUGCGAAGUGAUAUCCUAGCCGGCGUAAUACACCCGGCAGAUAAGCCCCGAGUUUUGUUAACCCCUAAAUUGACUGUUUCAGAUAAUCCCAAGAAAUCAAGCGUGUCGCAAAACGCAACAGCCACUCACAAUGAAGCAAAAAAUACUCAAGGAACAGACGACCCUGCGGUGUUAGAGAAAAUAAAAAGCCUUUUGUUGAAAUCUAGUCCUGGCUCUAAACAGCCUUCAGAGAACAUAAAUGCGCCAACCAAAACGGAAUCACAGGCAACCACCUUUCGAAAUACUCAACCUGAUACCCAAAACUUGCCUGCAAGCAAGCAGCCAAAUAGAGAUGGUCUCUUUUUACCGCCGAAAUUCGCUCGCCCAAGCGAUGCUUUUAGUAACCACGCAACGGUUUUGAAUCGAAUUUCUGAGCCAAAGCGAGACGCAUUAUUGAUCGGUAUUAUCAGGGCGCUCCUAGCCCGCGAUCGGGUAAAGACAUCUAGCGCCAGUCGUACGAUGAAUGGCGCAGCCGCAGGAUUACCGCAUUACAACAGGCAGGCAAUUUUGCAAGGUCUGCAGAAUUUACAAAUGAGUAAGACUGUCGGGACUGCGCAAAACGAUCCAGCGGUACCCCGGGGAGGCACAGGGAACCCAGCAAUGCCUGGCAAGAAUCUGGAUGAAAUAUAUCAGAAAGAACGCGAGAAGGACGUCAAACAGGAACUUGGUAUGUAAAGCCCCCCCCGCACACACACACAGAGGGCACACGCGCGGUUUUCCUUGGCAUAUGUAGCCUGCGUGGCAGGCGGUAUUUCUACAGGCAGCGAAAAUUAGGGAGGCAAAGGAAUCUCUUGCCACGCAGGCUAUGGCAUAUGUAAAUGCUUGUCUGUACGACAAAAAUUGACAUGGUUUUCUAUGCAAAAACGAGCCUCUUAUUGUUGGCUCGAUGUAUACUAGAAAUUGUAGUGUAAACACAUGGCUUAGUGAGAAGCAUUCAGAAUAGCGCGAUCUACACUGACAAAUCUAAAUCCCCACAUGUGACGGAAAGCUUUUUGCUUCCUUACAAGAGCGAUGAUGCAAAAUACCGCCAGAAUUAGUUACACCAAUUUUUGGGUAACUUCUGUGUUGACAAAAAUGUCGCUUUAAGCUCACUAACACCAUUAUCCCUUUCUAUUUCCAUGUAGGGCGAGCCAACGAAGAAGCUCUGGAAGCGAAGAAGAUGCGUGUGGACGAAAGACAAAUGUUGGCGAACUAUAACAGUUUUUUAAACCCGGAGUCUCGUUCGAACUGGGGGAAAGUCGCGGGCAUGGGUGGUCCAACACAGAGUCAGACGCCAGACGGUCAGCUUCUUAGCAUGUUAGGAUCUCCACAACUCAACAUGCUGGAAGAUAAUCCUUCCGAAACGUAGUUCCGAUAAUGCGCUCCAGAAUUUUUGAAAUGUUUUGAGACAGCGUGGGAAGAGAUGCAUGUGUUAUAUAUAGUGUCCUACGCUUACAGGUGCUUGGAGAACCGCCAAGUACGUGAGCGUGGGAGUAUGAAGCGCGCGUUAUAGUGCGCUGCGUGAUUUUCAACACAUAUGUUCAGG